AUGGGGAAUGAGCGCAUGAAAUCUCUUCAUCAGAUUAACUCACUUAAUCCAAAAAAGGACAAAGAGUUCACUCUAAUCAAAUCCCAACUCCAACAGAUUUAUUACGUCCUGAAGACACCAACUCUAGAUCGGGUUUUUCGGCUGAGUGGAUUGAACCCGCCCAUCAAUUCCCUUCUUCUCAAAUCAAAUACGGGAAAGAUUCGUGGAUUCCUGGAAAAUGUGUUCCAUUUGAUGAGGCUAGACCCUUUUUUCAAAUCGCAAACCAAGAAAUAUAAUGAAUUUUUAUCCAUCGCAUCGCCUUUUCUUUUGGGUGAGAAGGUGCUGGGACCAGCGAUACGGCGAAUUACGACUGACGAACACCUACCCCAGAGCCCAACUCUCAUAGUCGGAGGAGCCAAUGAACUUGAGAAUGCCGAGUCUCACAGUCUGUCCGGGGUCCCCCACAAUGUUCAAGCUGGUGCGGUCAAAGAUAGCACCUUCAAUGCUAAGGAUCCAAUCUCGUACGCUCAACAUGAAAUUCACCUUGCAUCUUUCCCUGUGGACAAGAGGUCCUCCAAUACGCCUACUUCUAUUUCCCAUCAAAAAUACUUGCCAGAAACCGUACCCACCAUGUCGCCUAGUCAAGAAGGAUCACUACUUCUACCCAACGGAAAAGGAAUUCCAAGUGGAAAUUCACAGAUUCAAAGUAGCAGAACUGGUAUGCUACACGGUGAUGUGUUUGGCAUUGUAAAAGACAAGAUCAUCGAGGAGCCAAUCACAAUUUGGAAAUUCUUACAAGACAAGCUUAUUUCUUUGUCAAAAAAAGAUUCGCUUAUCAAACAAAAAAAUUGCACCUUCCAGCUCGCUUUUUUGAAAUCUUUUUUUCAACUGGGAGACUACAUCUUCAGAUAUGGACUACUACCCUCAACUUUUAUCGACAGCAUUGAGAUCUUCAAGCCUAAAAUUCUACAGGAGAUGGUCAAGUUUCACAUUGACAUCCUGUUUCUCAAGUAUGGACGAAGAUUUUUUGUCGCACAAGACUCGGUGGUUCCUCAAAUAGAAUUUUUAACAAACGGCUUGGCUGUGGAGCACUUUCACAGAUCCAUAAGAGCCCUCUCCGCUGAAGAUGAGAAAAAUCUUGUCUACCAAGUUCUGAGUACCAUCUGGUACCAUAUGAUAAAAUGCUUCCCAGGGUCGCAAUUGACUCUAGGCUUCACCACAAACGCCGAAACAUUUCGCCAUGCCGAGUUUCUCAAGCAAGCCGAUAGUCUCUCCUCGGCACUGCUUGACGCGCCCGAAAUUGAACAUAUGAACAUAAUUGAUUAUACUCCAAUCGCUCAACUGGUACGAAGUCUAGUCAACAAUUUUCGAACCCCGGACCGGAGAGCAGUCCAAAUUCGAAUACAAUUCCAAAUGAUAUUUUACAUUUUGGAGUUCCUUGAUCAAUACUACAAACCAAUUGUGAGGAAAGUACUAGUAUGGCCGAAUAAUUACUCUGAUCUCCAAAAGGAACUCAAAUUCAUGGGCAGUUACUUAAAAUUUUUCCGAAAUCGGGAUCAAUACCCCAGCAAACAACAACUGGUUAGAGAUCAGAGGAGAGGCCCCAAAAACAAAGUUUAA